AUGGAGCGGUCCGUGCAGGAGAAUACCCUGCAUUAUGCAAUUGGCAAUGUUCUGCUCGUGGCUCGGAUUUUCGGAGUGUUUCCCCUUUCCGGAGUUAGGCCUACAAAUAAGCCGGAAAAUGUUCGCUUUCGCUGGUUUUCCCAGAUAAUUCUAUUUUUCGUGGUGGUAUCCAUUUUUGUCAUCGGUGAUUUUGUGCUCUCAGCUAAAAUGGUAUUUAGCAAUGGCCUUAAGCUCUACACUAUAGGUUCUCUAAGUUUCAGUGUAAUUUGUAUAUUUUGUUUUGGAGCCUUUAUAAACCUGGCUCGCCGAUGGCCUCAUAUCAUUCGUCAAACGGCACUGUGUGAGCGCAUUUUCCUGAAACCCUGCUAUGGUAGCUACGAAGGACUUCAUUUCAACCGCAUCCUUAGGCGUUGGGCUUUAGUCCUUUUGCUGACCGCCCUGUGUGAACACCUCACCUAUGUGGGCAGUGCUGUUUGGAGCAACUACGAACAGCUGCGGGAUUGCAAUCUAAAAGUGGGUUUCUUGCAAAACUAUUUUCUAAGAGAACGUCAGGAAAUUUUCUCGGUCUUCGACUAUAAAAUCUGGAUGGUCUUCUUCAUUGAAUGGAGCACCUUGUCCAUGACUUUUGUUUGGAACUUUGGGGAUAUUUUCCUGGUUCUCAUGUGUCGGGGAUUGAGGAUUCGAUUCCAACAACUAAACUGGCGCAUUCGCCAGAAUCUGGGAAAGGGAAUGAGAAAAGAAUUUUGGCAGGAAAUACGUUCCGACUUUAUGGAUCUGGAUGACCUGCUGAAGCUCUAUGAUAAAGAGUUGUCUGGAUUGAUUUUGGUCUCCUGCGCUCAAAAUAUGUAUUUUAUUUGUGUCCAAGUCUACCAUAGUUUUCAAGUAAAAGGCGCUUUUAUGGACGAGCUCUAUUUCUGGUUCUGUUUACUUUAUGUGAUCACCCGCUUAAUGAACAUGAUGUUGGCCGCUUCCUCGAUUCCCCAAGAGGUAAAGGAUAUCUCCAAUACCCUCUAUGAAGUACCUUCAAGUUCUUGGUGUGAUGAUCUGGAGCGCUUGAGUGAGAUGCUCCGCAAUGAAACCUUCGCCCUCAGUGGAAAGGGAUACUUUUAUCUCACCAGAAGGCUCAUCUUUGCAAUGGCUGCUGCCUUAAUGGGCUAUGAACUAGUGCUCUUUCGCCAAAUGGAAGGUGUCGUGGUGCAGAAGAGCAUUUGCAGCCGUGGACCCGGCUCCUCCAUGAGCAUUUUCUUCUCUUAUGUCACUCUGGGAAUCAUCAAAUACAGAGUCGUCUCAAAGCCCUCAAGGCGAUUUCAGUUGUCUCAAAUCCUCAUCAUCGCGCAGAUAUUCGCUUUAAUGCCAGUUCGCGGAGUGAGCUCCAAGUUCGCUGAAGAUCUCACCUUCACUUGGUUUGGUAUUCGAACCUAUUACGCCUUGGUCACCAUCCUAUGUUUUGGGGUAACCUCCGGUUAUCUGGUGGCCUACGUCACGAAUGUGUCAUUUAAUUUUGAUUCCGUGGAGACCCUUAUCUUCUAUUUGUCGAUAUUCCUAAUAUCAUUGUCGUUUUUGCAACUGGCCAGAAAGUGGCCAGCACUUGCUCAGGAGUGGCAGUUGGUGGAGGCCAAGUUGCCUCCUCUAAAAUCGCCCAAGGAGCGCAGAUCUCUGGCCCAGCACAUCAAGAUAAUCACCAUUGUGGCCACCACUUGCUCUUUGGUGGAACACAUAAUGAGCAUGCUGUCCAUGGGUUACUAUGUGAACUCCUGUCCCCGUUGGCCGGGUCAUCCCAUCGACAGCUUCCUGUAUUUAAACUACUCCACGGUGUUCUAUUUUGUGGAUUACACCCAUUUCCUGGGACUGCUGGGAAAAGUGGUCAAUGUUUUGAGUACUUUUGCCUGGAACUUCAAUGAUAUUUUCGUGAUGGCUGUUAGUGUGGCUUUAGCUGCUCGAUUUCGGCAGCUUAAUGAUUAUAUGAUGAGGGAGGCCAGAUUGCCCACCAGUGUAGACUUCUGGAUGCAAUGUAGAGUUAACUUCCGGAACCUUUGUAAAUUGUGCGAGGAAGUAGACGAUGCCAUAUCCACCAUUACUUUACUCUGCUUCAGCAACAAUCUGUAUUUCAUCUGUGGGAAAAUCCUCAAGAGCAUGCAGGCGAAACCCUCGAUAUUGCAUACCUUGUACUUUUGGUUCUCGCUAUCUUAUCUACUUGGUCGUACCCUCAUCCUGUCACUAUAUAGCUCCAGUAUCAAUGAUGAAUCGAAGAGACCUCUGGUCAUCUUUCGACUGGUUCCCAGGGAGUUUUGGUGCGAUGAGCUUAAACGAUUUUCUGAAGAAGUUCAGAUGGACAAUGUGGCUCUGACAGGCAUGAAAUUCUUUCGUCUCACACGCGGUGUUGUCAUUUCGGUGGCUGGUACAAUCGUGACCUACGAACUAAUUUUGCUGCAGUUCAACGGCGAGGAAAAGUUGACUGGGCCAAUCCUUUGGAGCAGUUUGCCCUUGCGCGUGGAUUCAGAAGGUUGCACUAUGAAGUUCCUGCCCAAGCUGGAGCGCAAAUUGCGCCGGCUGAGAAAGAAGGUGACCAGGACACCACUGGUUAGGAAACUGGAUUUGGUUCACGAGAGUGCCCGAAAGAAAGCCUUUCAGGAAAGUUGCGAAACCUACAAAAACCAGAUGGAUAAUGAGUACGAAGUGCGGAGUAAUUUACCCAAGCUAUCCCGGAGCAACAAGGAGGUCUUCCUUAGCGAUGGAAGCUUCCACCAGGCGGUGGGCAGGGUGCUCCUCGUGGCCGAGUUUUUCGCCAUGAUGCCAGUUAAAGGAGUGACGGGAAAACAUCCAUCGAAUCUGAGCUUCUCCUGGCGAAACAUUCGCACCUGUUUCUCACUGGUUUUCAUCGCCUCGAGCUUAGUCAACUUUGGACUAUCAUUGUUUAAGGUAUUGAACAACCCAAUUAGUUUCAACAGUAUUAAGCCGAUCAUAUUCCGGGGAUCCGUGCUGCUGGUUCUCAUGGUGGCUCUGAAUCUGGCCAGGCAAUGGCCCCAGUUGAUGAUGUAUUGGCACACAGUGGAGAAGGAUCUGCCGCAGUAUAAAACGCAGUUGGCCAAGUGGAAGAUGGGUCAUACCAUUUCGAUGGUUAUGUUGGUGGGAAUGAUGCUAUCUUUAGCGGAACACAUUCUGAGCAUGAUAUCGGCUAUAAACUAUGCAUCGUUUUGCAACCGAACCGCCGAUCCUAUCCAGAAUUAUUUUCUGCGCACCAACGACGAGAUCUUCUUUGUGGCCAGCUACUCAACUUACCUAGCUAUGUGGGGCAAGUUCCAGAAUAUAUAUUCGACCUUCAUAUGGAACUACAUGGACAUGUUUGUGAUGAUUGUCAGCAUUGGAUUGACAUCCAAGUUUCGACAGCUCAACGAUGACUUGCGAAAUUUUAAAGGAAUGAAUAUGGCACCUACUUACUGGUCGGAACGUCGCAUUCAAUACAGGAACAUAUGCAUAUUAUGCGACAAAAUGGACGAUGCCAUUUCCCUCAUAACAAUGGUCUCUUUCUCAAAUAAUUUAUAUUUCAUUUGCGUCCAGUUGCUGCGAAGUUUGAACACCAUGCCUUCGGUGGCCCACGCAGUUUACUUCUAUUUCUCUCUCAUCUUUCUCAUCGGUCGCACUCUGGCGGUUUCACUGUACUCCGCCAGCGUUCACGACGAAUCCCGGUUAACUUUGAGGUAUUUACGUUGCGUGCCGAAAGAGUCCUGGUGUCCAGAGGUGAAGAGAUUUACGGAGGAGGUAAUCAGCGAUGAGGUGGCACUCAGCGGAAUGAAGUUUUUUCAUCUUACAAGAAAGCUGGUGUUGAGUGUUGCUGGGACCAUAGUCACCUACGAACUCGUACUCAUCCAAUUUCACGAGGAUAACGACCUGUGGGACUGCGAUCAGAGCUAUUACUCGUAGGACGACGACUAUCACAAGAUUUAUUGCAUAAUAAAUAAAAAAU